AUGCGGGCUGGCGUCCGCCGGGGCCCCGGGGGGCUAGGGGCACUGCUCGCGGCGCUCGGGGCGGCGGCGCUGGCGCUCGGGGCGUCCGCCUACAACCUGGCUCCGGAGCACGCCGUGCUCUACCAGGGGCCCCCCGGCUCCUUCUUCGGCUACGCGGUGCUGGAGCACUUCUACGACAACACCCGCUGGGUCCUUGUUGGUGCUCCCAAGGCAGAUUCAAAGUACAGUACUUCUGUGAAGUCCCCUGGCGCUGUUUUUAAAUGCAGAGUCCACACUAACCCAGACCGGAGGUGCACAGAGCUGGACAUGGUUCGAGGAAAGAGUCGAGGCAUGUCUUGUGGGAAGACUUGUAAAGAAGACAGGGACGACGAAUGGAUGGGGGUCAGCCUGGCGAGGCAGCCCAAAGCCGAUGGGCAAGUGUUGGCCUGUGCACAUCGCUGGAAAAACAUCUACUAUGAGACAGAUCACAUCCUUCCCCAUGGCUUCUGCUACAUCAUCCCUGCCAAUCUCCAGUCCAAAGGCCGGACCCUGAUCCCGUGCUAUGAAGAGUAUAAGAAGAAGUACGGGGAGGAGCACGGCUCGUGCCAAGCCGGGAUAGCAGGCUUCUUCACUAGCGAGCUGGUUGUAAUGGGAGCUCCAGGUUCUUUUUACUGGGCGGGGACAGUCAAGGUCCUGAACCUCACAGACAACAUGUCCUUCAAGCUGAAUGAUGAGGCCAUCAUGAACCGGCGUUACACAUACCUAGGAUACGCGGUGACCGCCGGUCAUUUUGUACAGCCGUCCUCCACCGAAGUGGUAGGGGGAGCCCCUCAGGACGAAGGCAUCGGAAAGGUUUACAUUUUCAGAGCUGACCGAAGAUCAGGCUCCUUAAUUAAGAUAUUUCAGGCAUCUGGCAAAAAGAUGGGCUCUUACUUUGGCUCCUCCUUAUGUGCAGUUGACCUGAACUCGGACGGCCUCUCGGACCUGCUGGUCGGCGCGCCCAUGUUUUCUGAGAUCAGGGACGAGGGUCAAGUCACCGUCUACAUUAACAGAGGAAACGGGGCCCUGGAAGAGCAGCUGGUCCUGGAUGGUGACCGUGUCUACAACGCCCACUUUGGGGAGAGCAUCGCUGCGCUGGGGGACAUGGAUGACGACGGGUUCCCAGAUGUCGCCAUUGGGGCACCUAAAGAAAAUGACUUUGUAGGAGCUGUGUACAUCUACCACGGAGAUGCUGACGGGAUUGUGGCCCAGUAUUCCAUGAAACUGUCUGGACAGCAGAUAAACCCAAUGCUGCGGAUGUUUGGGCAGUCGAUCUCAGGAGGCGUCGAUAUGGAUGGAAAUGGUUAUCCAGAUGUGACCAUUGGGGCCUUCAUGUCGGACCACGUUGUGCUGCUGAGGGCCAGACCUGUCAUCACGGUGGACGUCUCCAUCUUCCUCCCAGCCUCCAUCAACAUCACGGCACCUCAGUGCUAUGACGGCCAGCAGUCGGUGAACUGCCUUAAUGUCACCGCCUGCUUCCGCUUCCGAGGCAAGCAUGUGCCAGGAGAAAUCGGCUUGAAUUAUGUCUUGACGGCGGAUGUGACCAAAAAGGAGAAGGGCCAACAGCCUCGGGUAUACUUCGUGUCUCUUGGAGAAACGAUGGGGCAGGUGUCUGAGAAGAUGCAGCUUUCCUUUAUGGAGGAGAAGUGUGAACACUACCAAGCUCACGUGAAGCGGAGGGUCAAGGACGUGAUCAGUCCAAUUGUGUUUGAAGCCGCCUACAGCCUUGGUGACCAUGUGAUUGGGAAAGAGCAGAAGGAGCUGCCUCCUCUUACACCCAUUCUUCGUUGGAAAAAGGGGCAGAAGAUUGCUCAGAAGAACCAGACUGUUUUUGAGAGGAAUUGUCACUCGGAAGACUGUGCGGCUGAUCUGAAGCUUCAGGGCAGACUGCUGCUCUCUGGUGUGGAUGCAGAAACACCAUACCUGGCCCUGGGAGCUGUGAAGAAUCUUUCUCUUAACAUUUCUAUCUCCAACCUGGGGGAUGAUGCCUAUGAUGCCAAUGUCUCCUUCAAUGUUUCUCGUGAGCUAUUUUUCAUCAACAUGUGGCAAAAGGAGGAGAUGGGUAUUUCCUGUGAAUUGCUGGAGUCCGACUUCCUCAAAUGCAGUGUAGGAUUUCCUUUCAUGAGGUCAAAGACCAAGUAUGAGUUCAGCGUGAUCUUUGACACUAGCCACCUGUCUGGGGAGGAGGAAACCCUGAAAUUUCUAGUGACUGCUCAAAGUGGCAACGUAGAGCGCUCUGACUCACUGCAUGACAACAGCCUCGUCCUGUCAGUGCCCCUGGUGCAUGAAGUGGACACGUCCGUUGCUGGAGUCGUAUCCCCCACUUCCUUCAUGUACGGCGAAUCCAUCGAGGCGUCCAACUUCAUUCACCUGGAGGACUGGGAAUGCCAGUAUCAGCCUCUCAACAUCACCCUGCAGGUUUAUAACACUGGACCAAGCACGCUCCCUGGCUUGUCGCUCAACUUCUGGAUCCCCGACCGGCUUUCUGCAGGAGACGUCGAGAUGUUUCUCAUCCAGGAGGUGAUGGUUGGUCAAGAGAAAGGAAACUGCUCUUUUCAAAAGAACCCAACUCCCUGCAUUAUCCCUCAAGAACAGGAAAACAUUUUCCACACAAUAUUUGCAUUUUUCACCAAGUCUGGACGCAAAGUACUGGACUGUAACAGAGCUGGCACCCCAUGCCUAAGCAUCCAGUGCAACCUGAGUGCAUUGGCCAAAGAGGAGAGCCGUAGCGUUGACCUUUACAUGCUCCUGAACACAGAGAUAUUGAAGAAGGAUAGCUCAUCAGUCAUCCAAUUUGUGACCCGAGCCAAAGUGAAAGUGGAUGCUACUCUUAGGGUGGUGGAAAUAGCCAACGGGAACCCAGAAGAGAUCACAGUGGUCUUUGAAGCACUGCACAAUUUGGAGCCUCGUGGUUAUGUUGUGGGCUGGAUUAUUGCCAUCAGCUUGCUGGUGGGCAUCCUCAUCUUUUUGUUACUGGCCGUGCUCUUGUGGAAGAUGGGCUUCUUUCGAAGAAGGUACAAAGAAAUUAUCGAAGCUGAGAAAAACCGGAAAGAGAAUGAAGAGAGUUGGGACUGGGUUCAGAAAAACCAGUGAGAUGCCAUGCAAAUGCCACUGGUCACGUGCCACCAUGCCUGCUCACCUGUUGUCCCUGUUCUUUGUAUCUUCCAUAUGUGGAAGAAAGAAUCUUCUCCAGAUUUUUCGGAGGCCCGUCGAUGCAGUCUUGUUCCUCGUUCUACCAAGCAAGGGAGCAGAUCCCGAGGCCGCCCCUGCAGCCCUGGCACGUGACCUGAGCAGCACACUGAGGCUGGAACGGGUGAAUUCUGAACUCCAGAGAGCAAGCUGUGUGCUGAGCAAUAUUUAUGAGUCCAACGUAUGUGGUAAACCCUCAGGGGAAGACUGUUGUUGCCUAGAAGUAUUUUUUAUAAAUACAAGCCUUUUAUACUGAUUAUGUCUUUAUAUUUGUAUCAAUGUUUUAUUAUUUCUAUUAAAUAGCUAUAGUUCACUCAAGCACUGAUUUCUGGCUGAAACCUGGGAAAUACAUACAUAUAUAUAUAUACAUAUGUGUGUGUGUAUAAAUAUAUUUUAAAAACCUAUUGUAUGUUUGAACUUACUGCCCAACGGACUUGCAGAUGAAAUGAGCUAAAGGAAAUUUUUAUUGUCUCUUAUAGAAAAACAACAGGGCUGGCACUGCCGUGUACCGGUGGCAUAUGGUGGUGCCAUGUACAGUGUGAUGUGUAAGCCACGUGUGGUGGUGACAUGCUGCAGCCUCUGUGUAUUUCUCUCACUGCAGUCUCAAUGUAAGUUGGGUGUGAAUGGAACCCUGAGGGCUUUUCACCAAUGCUGUUUGCUCAAAGAGAUCCAUCACCUCCGGAAGGGGGAGAAACAAGAUCUGGCCUACCUUGCCUUCAUUUGGUGGAGAAUCUCACUUCUGUGGGAAGACUGGAUUAGGAGCAUGAGAGAGAGGCCUUAUGACUUCCAUGAGGGUGAUGCUGGCAGAAAUCCUUGCCCUGGAUCUCAUCUGUGUCAUUGAGAUGCCAUACCCAAACCUUCAGGGCCAGUGAACUCCAUCGGGCCAUCUGAGAUACCUGCAAGCCUGGGAUGGGGCACCAGCUGCCACUUUGCCUUCCUCCUCUUCUUGUUGUGGGCAGUCAUUAAAGCUUCAUCCCUAAGCUGCCCAGGCAGCCAGCCCUGAAAGUUCGAUCUCACAAUAAAAGCACACUGGCAGGUGCUGUGAGGUAGACAGGUCAGUGGGGUGUGUUGCCCUCACUGUCAAGGCUCCUGCUUUGGAAGGAUUUGACUUCUGCUGCUGUAUUUGAAAUCCUGAGCUGUUUUCUAUGAGAAGGUUUUGUCUCAGAUGUAGAAGUGCUGGAAUCUCCCUGGCAGAGCCAUCUUUUUCAGGUGUAUGGUGGGCUCAGUUUGAGCAGAUCCAGAUAGACCCACACUAGGAGUCGUGGCACCAGCCCCAUAAUAGAGAGAGCUCCCCAUGCCCAGCUGGACGCAGCCAGUAUCUGAUGCAAGUAGAGGACUCAUGUCCCAGAGGCCCCUACUUAUUGAAGCCUUGUGCCUGUGAUGAGUCGGCCGAGGCCUGCUUCGAGGACAGAGGGAGAAGCUGUCAGGGGCCCCUACUUAUCGAAGCCUUGUGCCUGUGAUGAGUUGGCUGAGGCCUGCUUCGAGGACAGAGGAAGAAGCUGUCAGGGGCCAUCACAAAGCAAGUCCUACGUCCUGGCGAUGCCGGCCCAGCAGCCACCAGCUGAGUUCCUCAGCUCCCUCUCACUCUGCCUCUUAUAUCUGAUAAUGUUUUGUUCUUGCUGCACUUUCCUGCCAUUGAAAUUAAAUGCAUUUUGUCAUAGAAGAAUCAUUUAUUUGACCUUUCCUUACAUCAGAGCAGAUGAUGGGAACCUUUGGAGAGAGAGAAUAAAUGGAAUUCCCCUGGCCAUGAAGGCCACAAGGAUGUUUCAUCACCAGUCUUUGGCCUGUUUGGAGGGGAUUAUGUUUGGAUCAAACCUAUACACAGGGAAAUGCUUCAUGCAGCUGGAAGACUUCGUCCCUGAUGUUUUCCCAGAAUGACCAAAAAGGAGGGGGAUUGGGUGAUGUCAUGCUGUAUCACUACAGGCAACACAUUCCCUUGGAAGGUAUGGGAAAGUCUGGCUUGUGGUGAGGGGGGGGGGGUGGCUUCCAUGGGCAGUCUUUUAUUGGCUUCCUUCUUGAAUUUUCUUUAAUAAAUCAAUAGAUAUGAGUCUGUUAGCUCAUGAUGACAAACACAUCAGCUCCUAUGGCCAGAAACUUUUUUAGAUUCCUCCCCCCUGCCAUUACCACCAUGCAAGAAAUUGACCCCUUUGGAAUAAUUAGGAAGGCAAUGUGCCCUUACAAACAGGAAGGCCCAAGGUCAAGACCCACUGGUGAUUCACUAGGAUAAGUCCUAGCAACUCUCAGUCCUUUGGGUGAGGCUUUGAGACUUUUCAGUUGCAGAGAAGAUGCCGAUUUGUAUUUGUAGACUUCGAAGUUCUCCUUAAAUAUGAAAUCCUGUGUCCAGUUCCAAUCAUCAUCCCCAAGAAGCAUGAUUGGCACCCCCAAAUCAGUUUCAGUUGGAAGAAUCUUAGGACCUCAGAUGUAGAGCUAGAGGACCUUCAAGGUCCAACCCCCUCACUUUACAGGUAAGGGAACUGAGAUCCAUGAGAUGAAUCAACUUGUCCAAUGUCCCACUGGUAGUAAGCUAUAGAGCUGGGAUUUGAAACCUUGGCAUUGGCCUCCAAAUGAGGUGCUCUUUACCUUAUUUUACAUAAGGAGAAGCAAUGAAAUGUGGGGGCUUCCAUUUAAGAGUGCCAAAGCCCUUAGCUGGGCUCAUUCCCACAGAUCAGUAUCCCAGAGCCCUGCAGUUUCAUCAGCAUGCUGAUCUCCCCACCAUGCGGAUUGUAGCUCUUCCGUAAGUUAGUCUUACAGAGAGACAGAUGCCUGAGACUGAGAGGGAUUGUGACUUGCCCAUUGACACACAGCAGGUAAAUGUCAGUCGAACCUGAGUUUUCCCUCAAGAAUAAAGAAUAGUUUCCCACCGUGCCAGUUUGCUCUAAGCAAAUAUGGAUGCCAGGCAAAAGAUAAUGCUUGAAAGGAAUGGUGAGCUGUGGCUUACUGAAGUAGGGGGGUUGAAAAGUCCAGCCUACUGUAAGAAAUGCCUCAGAGUGGGGCAGGUGGUCCCACCAGAAUCCUCCGUAGAGCCUGCUGACCCCUUCAUCAAAUCAGGUAACACGUCAGUGUCUCCCAGCAGCUUCUCCGAGGGUUUCCCCAGCUUCCACCUAGUUGGUGGUUUGGGGCCCAUGAGUAGAAUGUAAGCCUGGUGAGGCAGGAAGUGGUUAGGCCUUUGCUUCUGUAUUCCCAGUGUCUGACACAUAGUAGGAGUUUAAUUAGGGCUUGUUGAAUUGAAUGAGUAAGGUGUGGUUUCUCUGUGUUCUCAGUAAUAUUCAUUGUGGGUUUUCUCCUCUCUUGCUCCCAGGUAAGGUAGCUGACUUCACAAACAUACCUGUGACCCAGUCCCACUGGUAGCAAUAUCUUCUGCUUUCCUCCCAAUGUAUUACCUAAGGUUUUUGUUGACCUUCAGAGAGAAUAAAAUGUUUACUAGCUUCAAAAGAGGACUUUUUGCUUUAGAAGGUAGCAAAAGCAAUGCCUCCUGUUUGGGGCUGACUCUCUGCCGUGUGACCCCCAGGAGAAAUGAGUUCCAUAAGGUGAGAUUUUGACUCUUCGUGUAAAAUCACUCAGGAAGUCCUUGAAAACAGGGGUGCAUUAGCAAGAGCUGCCUAGGAAGCCUUUCCUUCUGCUUUAUUGUAAAAAGGCCUGGGGUCAUCAUUCCUUACCAGGCAGGUCACUAAAGACCUCAGUGGGCAGGCCUUCAGAAGCCCCUUUAAGCCUCAGCAAGGGUCUACGGACGGCUCAUUGUCUUUGUGAAGGAUACAAUGGAAAAUCACGUUGGUAUCAAGAGUUAUGUGGCUCUUGCCUCCUGAGCUACAGGGAAGGAGAUAAGUGAGGAGCAACAUCCUUCCCAGGAAACCCCCAGCACCUGUUUUCAUUGAGUCAGGAAAGGAAUUAACAGAGGGGUCCAUGUCAAGGCCAAUAUCUCCCAAAUGGAACUCUCAGAUUUGCCUUGGGUGAGCCAGAGUGCCUAAGCUGAGUGCCAUUUGUAGAUUAGGGAUGUUAAAUAUAAAUUUUUUUUUAUCAGAUUAAAUGUAUAAGGUUUCAACUCUUCCCUAACUUGAGGGGCAUUACGUAAAGAAGGAGUUUUUUUCGGGGCAAGGGAUAGAGGAAAUCCUUUAGCUAACAGUAGACAGAAAAAUAGGAUGUUUUUCAAAAUGCUCCAAGUGUGUAAGAUGUUAUUUGUAUUUUUAGAGUAAUGUUUCACAUUAAUAUAUAAAAUAUGCACAUUAAAGAAUGAAUAAAAGAAUCCUUGGUUAAGUGUGCGAUAAGGAAGCAAUAAUCCUCACUGUCCCUAUCACUUUGAAAGGAAUGGUAAUUCCCAGUUUGAUAUUGAAUGUCUUCUGUGUUUUUGGUCUGUUUGGGGAAUGGGGCCCAAUUCUGAAGCCAAUAAAGGUGCGGUGAGACCUGGUGAUCAAGAAUGGAAGCUUCGCUUGAGGAUUGGGCUGAUCCUAAUGGAAGGGGGCUCACUGUCAAUGCUUCACUUUCUAAACCUCACUAAUGGACAGAGAAACUGUAAAUUUCCCUCAUGAAUGUUGCUGGGAGGGGCCGCUCCCUCUCCUGAUUUUGCCUGUAUUUGCAUUUCUAUGGUCACUUAUUUUUGAAUUCACUUGCACUGUUUUGGAAAUGCCAGGUUUACAAAAAUUCAUGUUUGGAAUAAAAGAGAAAAAAGAUGUAAA